GUGGUGAAGCAAGCGGACGAGUGACGUCAUUACAGCUGUGCGCUUCAGGCUUAAUAGUAUUCAUAUCGUUUUAAUUCACAGGUCUGUACGUCACGUGCUCUCGUAACCGACUCAUCUAUGAUACUGGACCUAAGUCAACACACCCGCCUCGUGCGGCUGUUUCAGCCACCCACCGGUUAUUAAUGCGGCUUUUCCCGGUCCUGAAGUACCGCACCAUGAACACACUGGCGUUUGGGCUGACCCUCGUCAGGCAUGGGGAGACCCAGUACAACAAAGAAGGACUUUUACAAGGCCAGGCCAUAGAUUCCUCCUUGUCUGAGACGGGGCUGCAGCAGGCAGACGCUGCAGGACGUUACCUGAAAGACGUUAAGUUCAGCAGCGUGUUUGUCAGCGACAUGCUGCGGGCUCGACAGACAGCUGAGAAGAUAAUGGAACAUAAUAGCAGCUGUUUGGGUCUACGGAUGCUGUGUGACCCGUUACUGAAAGAGAAGAGCUUUGGGAUCGCUGAGGGAGGACGGGUUCAGGAUUUUAAAGACAUGGCCAAGGCAGCGGGUGAGUCAUUUCCAGACUUCACCCCUCCAGACGGGGAGACUCAAGAGCAGGUGAAGGAACGAGUCAAAAAGUUUGUGGAGAAAAUGCUUCAGCACGUCGGGUCCGAACACUGGCACGACAGAUGGCAGGAUGACGCCACCAUAUCUGCGCCACCAGAAGCAUCUCCUGUGGAGGGGAAGGCAGAUGAUGGGGUCAGGGGCAUCCCGGUCCAUGCUUUGGUGGUUACCCACGGAGCUUACAUGUGUGUGGCAGUGCGCUACUUUGUGGAAGAGUUAUAUUGCUGCUUACCUCAGGGUUGUGACAAGGCAUAUAUGUUCUCUUUAAGUCCUAACACGGGCUUGUGCCGGUUUAUACUCCGCAUGAAAAAAGAAGGGAACAAGUUCAUGUUGUCAGGAAUGAGCUGCGUGUUCAUCCACAGGGGGGAUCAUGUUAAACAGUAAGACGAGGGGGUUGAUGUGGCAGAGGACGAUGGCGUUCUGCAUUAGAUCAGGGCUCUUUACCGUAGGUGCCCGGGGGGCCGCUGUCCUGCAGGUUUUAGCUGUUUCCUGCUUGCUUCCUUUGAAUCAGGUGUGUUGAAGCAGGAAAGUGACUAAAACCAGCAGGGCAGAGCCCCCCAGGGGCCAGAGUUGAAGAGCCCUGACUUAAAUGGUUGUUCCAGUAGUUACAUGUAUAAUGUAGAGACAAUGGGAAAGUUAGCCAUGUUAUUUUGCAUGUUAAAGCAUGUUGUGGUGUCCACUCUCUGACAUGGUGCCUUCUGUUUUGUUUGGCUAAGAAGUUUUCCCAAUUGGUGAAAUCUGAUGGAGAAGGGAAGCGAUGGGGAGAGAAAAGAGGUCUUACCAAGAGAAAGUGAAUCACAAUCCCAAGAAGCAAGAUUUAAAAAAAAAAAAAAACUAGAUUAUUGACCAUGUUGCGCUGCUUGGAGGCCUUUGUUUGUUUCUAUAUUUAUCCUCUG